AUUGUUAUCGAUAAUUUUCUGGGCAACAGUGUGAUUUUGGGCGGUUCAUUGAAGAUAAUUUCGACUCGGCGACAUAUUCAGCAAAAUCUCCGUAGAAAACACAUCAGCCAAAUAUGGCGAAGCCCGAAAUUUUGGUAUCUGACCACGAGCUACUACCGGAGGAGCGCGUGUGCGCGCUGUGCCACAAGGGCGAGGACUCCAUGCAGCUGCACCACCUGUGCGACUGCAAGUUCGUGAUGCACAAGGCCUGCCUCGAGGUGACGCUCAUGGACACGGACCACGACCGCUGCGAGAUGUGCGGCAGGAAGUACGACCUGCUGUGGCUGCCCCGCUACAGCCGACCGCGCGGCCUGUGGCAGUACCUGUGCAGCAAGGCGGACCACCACCAGAUGCUGCUGGUGCUGCUGUACUCGGCGCUGCUGACGCCCAACGUGGUGCUGUCAGUGCUGUUCAUCCGCGACUCGCGCCGCGAGACGGAGCAGGCGGCCGCGCUGCGCGAGUCGGGCGAGUACUGGUACGAGCUGAUGGACGAGCCGCAGCACUACUCCUGGAUCGUCGCCGUCACCGCCAUGAUGGUGGCCGGGUACGCGGGGCUGCUGCUCACCUUCGUCACCGUCAACCUGCUCGCCUUCAACGAGUGGUACCCCACCACCUUCCUGCCCACCAUCACCACCCACAACCCCGUCAUGCACCCGGCGCCCCACCCCAAGGAGCCCGCUGACCAGCACAAGCCCCAAGACAAACCACAGGAUCAGGCCAUAUCCCGUUCCCAGGACAAAUUGCAAGCCCAGGACAAAUCCCGCUCCCAGGAAAAAUUACCAGCCCAGGACAAAUCCCGCUCCCAGGAAAAAUUACCAGCCCAGGACAAAACCCGUUCCCAGGAAAAAUUACCAGCCCAGGACAAAACCCGUUCCCAGGAAAAAUUACCAGCCCAGGACAAAACCCGUUCCCAGGAAAAAAUACCAGCCCAGGAAAAAUCCCGUUCCCAGGACAAAUUGCAAGCCCAAGAUAAACCCAAGUGAAUACCUAGCACUCCCUACUGGUCCCUUACAGCCCCUCAUAGCCCUUAGUCACUCUAAAUCCUCCCCACUCAUUAUUGUUCCAUUCCGGUAAAUCCAGGUCCCUCUAGACGCAUAUGUCCCCAUCAUCACUGCACAGCCUGUCAGCCAUGAUAUAUGUGAUGCAAGAGGACCUACUUACAGAAAAUAAACAUUCUCUCUCGCUA